CAUCUGUGUUCGCCUAGAAGGUGAAGUUUUUUUCUCUCUAAUACCCUUUAUACAUUCAUCACAAGAAAAUAAAAAGUUUAAGUUUUGGAUCCUUUUAAAAAUAUCAACACUUAAUUAACUCCAGGCUUUUAGGUCUUGAUGUUCCACAAGCCUGAAUUCUGGGACUUGGCUUACAGUGCAAUUAUGCAUUCCUUCAGUAAAAGAGAGGCGAUUGAUACCAAUGUUGAGAAUAGUACAAAGUAAUAACGUUAUGUUUCCCGUAUUUACGUUCACAUGUUUGUGACGUUACUUGCACCUUGUAUGGGCUUCGCCAUUGUAAAUAAUAUACGCAAAGUAAACACAACGCAAAGUACAUAUACAACUUACUUAGUUUAUUCCAUACAUUUAUGGUGCCGUGACCAGGAUAAGAUGAACAGCAAGCUAAAAGCUGUCAGAGCCGGUCACAAAAGUGCAGUAAAGAGACUUUUACAGAAAGCAGAAGAUGAUGAUACAAACUUGGACAAUGAAGAAAGUGCUGAACUUUUAGAAACAUUAAUUCAAAAACAGAAAACUAUUAGUGCAUUGGAAGAAGAUAUUAUGAAUUCUUUAAAGGAAGAGGACAUCGAGUGAGAAAUUCUUAAUGCAGAUGAGUACAAAUUCUUUUUGAACACCAAAAUAUGAUAUAUACGGAAAACAUUCACAAACAAAGUAUGUACUGAUGUCCCACAGCAUGAUCACGCAUUACCUUCUCACACUUUUGAAAACAUUAAUCAACACAGUUCUGUUCCAUACACAACACAAAUGUAUCCCGUACAGCAACCUAGCAACCAAAAUCACCAUUUGCCGAAACUUACACUACCCAUGUUUAAAGGAGAAAUUCUGACUUGGCAAACAUUUUUGGACUCUUUUGAAUCUUCCGUCCAUUACAAUGUAACACUCACAGAUGUACAGAAAUUUAGUUAUUUAAAAUCCCAGCUUGUUAAUGAUGCUGCAAGAACUAUUGACGGAUUACCGCUCACAAACUCAAAUUACAUGGAAGCUAUUAAACUUUUAAAGGAGGGCUUCGGACAAUCGCAUAAGAUUACAAAUGCUUAUAUGCAAGCUAUGCUAGAACUUAGAGCACCACAAAACAACCUACUCAGUCUACGCGGUUAUUACGACAAGUUGGAGGCAUAUAUAAGAGGUCUUGAAUCGUAUGGUGCAUUACUUAUUCCGAUAAUACUGAACAAGCUUCCGUCAGAAAUACAACAACACUUAGCCCGUGAAAACAGUACCGAUAGUUAGGAAUUGAUUGAUUUGAGACGUGGAAUUUUGAAAGUAAUCACUAUAAUUGAAGCUAAUAGAAAAGGUGAACUGAGUAAAGUAGAUACAUUUGAUAACUGUGAGAGACAAACACCAAAUAUUCGACAAAAACCUUGCAUAUUCUGCCAGAAUUUACAUAACCCUGCAAAAUGCUCAAAUGUUACAGAUAACGACAAACGCCUAUCAAUCGUCAAACAAAAGAAGUUAUGUUUUAACUGCUUAGGAUCACACUGUUCCGUAGAUUGUAAAUCGAAAUUUGGCUGCCGCCAGUGCCAUAAAAAACACCACACAAGUCUUUGCCAUGAAAAUACAUGUACUGAUAAUAGGCAAACGUCAGUAAAUGCCGUAGUUAAUGAUAGCGAAAAUACAUUGAUUGCUGCAAGUUUUUAUUCGUCUGAAGAAAAAUCCUGUUCGAACGUGCUUCUGAAAACUGCCAUUGCACCAGUUUUUGAAAUUUCCUUGCUCAUCAGAGCUGAUUUCUAUUGGGAUUUCGUGGAGGAUACAAUGUUAAGAGGAAAUGGUCCAACCGCCGUAAAGUCAAAACUUGGUUAUUUGUUGUCUGGUCCAAUUCCGACUUCUAAUCGUCAACAGAGUAAUGUAGGUAUGUACAACAUAUUGACAUCACGCAAACCAGAGGAGUUCAAUUCAGAAAGAUUUUGGGAAUUAGAGUCGUUAGGAAUAGAUAGCAACACGACAGAUGUUGAAACGGUAGACUAUAUGGAAACAUAUCAAAAGUCAGCAAUUGAAUUCCGAGAAAACAAGUACAUAGCAAAGUUGCCAUGGAAACCAGAUCACGAACCCUUGCCUACCAACUUCUUCGUUACGAAACGAAGCACUGAAAACGUCAUUCGAACAUUAAGUCAAAAUCCCGAAAUGCUUAAGAUAUAUGGACAGAUAAUCAAGGAUCAAGAACGCCGAGGAUUUAUUGAGAAGGUUAAGGAUCCCGAUAUUAGUAAAGGUAUUGUACAUUAUAUCCCGCAUCAUCCCGUUAAGGAGGAUUCAACAACUACGCCCAUAAGGAUAGUUUACAAUUGCAGCUGCCAACAGUCAUCACAGUUACUGAGUCUUAAUGAUUACACACCCCCGAUUUUAAACGACCUUACAAAGAUUUUAAUAAGAUUUCGAUUGAACCCCGUUGCCAUAGUAACUGACAUUGAGAAGGCAUUUCACGGUGCCACAUGUGGAGCAGGAUCUGCUUACCCUUCCGGAGCACCUGAGAUCACCCCCAGUUUUUGGUGGGGUUCGUGUUGCUUAGUCUUUAGUUUUUUAUGUUGUGUCAUCUGUACUAUUAUUUGUCAGAUUUUGUCUGUUUGUCUUUUUAUUUUUGGCCAUGGCGUUGUCAGUUUGUUUUCGAUCUAUGAGUUUGACUGUCCCUCUGGUAUCUUUCGUCCCUCUUUUACAUGUCGGACUCCAUGAACAGGACAGGACCGUGAUGUCACACGAUUUUUAUGGUUAGAUAACCCUGUUGAUCCACAAAGCGAUUUAGAGACAUAUAGGAUCAAGUCUGUACUAUUUGGAGCAAUGUGCUCACCGUUUAUCUUAAACGCUGUACUGCUAAAACACUUACAGCAAACAGAAAAUGAAACUACUAAAAUACUCACAAGGGAUUUAUAUGUUGACAACAUUUUAUCUAGCAUUUGCAAUGAAACUCAAGCCGUAACUUAUUUCAAGGAAGCGCGACUAUUGAUGUUAAAUGCAGCAUUUAAUCUUCGCUCAUGGAUCUCAAACAACGAAAAUGUGAGAAAUCUAGCUAUCAAGGAGGACGUGUUAGAUACCGACAAAGAAGCAAAAAUAUUGGGUAUGCGUUGGAAUGUCGAAACGGAUGAAUUAUCUUACGCAAAACGAGUUUUACCAUCUGUAUCAUCACAUAUUACAAAACAAGAAAUUCUGAAAGAUUAUCUUCAAAGAUUUUUGACCUGCUACGAUUUUUAAGCCCAGUUAGUAUACGAGCAAAGAUUUUGCAAGAUUUGUGGAAAGAACGCUAUGAUUGGGAUGAACCCCUACCCGAAAAUCUACAGUUACAAUGGAAUGGAUCUGGCAAAAGACAUAGGAAUUGUUACAAGUAUGAAAUUGCCUAGGCUAUACUUUACCGGAAAUACAAAAUCAAGAUCACUUCCUGUAUUUGUCGACGCAAGCAUGAAAGCGCAUGGAGCUGUAACAUACAUGUAUCUAUCGAAAGGACAUAGUGUCGCAUUAUUGAUGGCAAAAACACGAGUUGCACCCGUUAAAAAGCUUACAUUGCCACAAUUAGAAUUAAUGGCCGCCGUAAUAGGAGCUCGCUUGACACAACAUCUUAAAUCUACUUUGGAAUGUACAGAUGUGACACUUUGAUCGGACAGCCAAAUUGUACUUCAUUGGCUAAAUACGUCAAAACCGUUAAAACGCUUCGUAUUGAAUCGAAUUAAAGAAAUUAAGGAAUUAACGGAAGAAUGCAAAUGGAAAUACUGCCCGACAAAUUGUAACCCUGCUGAUUUGCUCACUCAUGGUAUAACGGCAAAACAGUUUAUGGAGAGCGUAUUAUGGAAAACAGGACCGACUUGCCUUAUUCAAAAUUCAACCAACUUGGAAACAAAUAUACCUAUUAACACAGCUUUAUCCGUAAUAGCAGACGACAAUGAGGAGACAUUAGAUGAAAAAAGCAACACUGACAAAAAUGAUGAUCUUCAUUUUCGAAUUGACAGAAUUAUAAAUGCUUAUAGGUAUGGAUCUUACGAGAAACUUUUGCGAGUGACAACUUAUGUCUAAGGUUUUAUUCAAAAUUGUAAGACAACUAAGUCUAUGAGAAACUAGAUGAAUUACAACAAUCAACUAUAUUAUGGAUACGAUGUUGCCAAGCGACGGCAUACCCCUGUGAAGUACGUGCACUCACAUUAAAAAAUGUGCAGAAUACCAAACUUCCACAACUUCGACAACUUCAAUUAUAUUUAGAUGAAAACAAUUUAAUGAGAUGUAAAGGUAGAAUUCAUAAUGCGCCUUUAUCCGAAUCAGCAAAACAUCCUUAUAUUUUACCAGCAAAUCACCGAUUGUCAGAGCUAAUAGUGUUGAACUCACACGAACUAGUUAUGCAUUCUGGAGUUAAUGCCACCGUUACACAAAUCUGUCAAACAUUCUGGAUACCGUCUUUGCCACAAUUCACUCGAAAAUUACUUCACAGAUGUACAACUUGCAAAAAGAUCAAAGGAAAACCGUACAGGGCACCAGACCCUCCACCGUUACAAAAAAUAAGACUUCAAGAAGCACCGCCUUUCACAGUCAAAGAAAAUUGAAGAAGCUUUAUCUUCUUUUGGAGUCGAAUGGAGAAUCAUUCCGAAGCGUGCAUCCUGGUUUCGGAGGGUUGUUUGGAGAGAUUAAUUGCACUGACAAAAACAAAUUUGAAAAAGACACUGGGACGUGCGUUAAUCAAUUUGGAUAUGUUACAGUCACAGAAAUAGAGAAAUUUCUUAACGACCUACCACUAACAUAUGUUUCUACAGACAUUAUUGAUAGUGAACCAUUAACACCCGUGCACCUGUUGUAUGGACGCCGAGUUACAAAAUUACCGUAUCCACGUACCAAAAUUGACAACAUUAAUGAUACAUAUACAUUGACUGCUUCAGAUAUUUCAAAGCGUGCUCAAAGAUUAUCUACACUUAUUGAACAUUUUUGGAACCGUUGGAAAUUUGAGUACUUUACCUCACUUCGAGAAUUUCAUAAAAAGAUCGGAGACGAUAAGAUUAACAUUAAAGUAGGAGAUGUAGUUCAAGUGCAUGACGAUAAACCGCGAAUUAAAUGGAAAACAGCAGUAGUGGAGGAAGUUGUUACUGGUAACAAUGGUUUAGUGCGUUCAGCGAUAAUCAGAACACACAGUGGUCAAACUUCACAUCCGAUCGUCAAACUCUAUCCUCUAGAAAUAAACGAAGUACCACCAUCUGAUGAAUAACCAAACAACGAAUUUUUUUAUUUUUAGCUCACCUGACCUGAAAGGUCAAGUGAGCUUUUCUCAUCACUUUGCGUCCGUCGUCCGUCGUCCUGCGUCCGUCGUCCGUCGUCCGUAAACUUUUACAAAAAUCUUCUCCUCUGAAACUACUGGGCCAAAUUUGACCAAACUUGGCCACAAUCAUCAUUGGGGUAUCUAGUUUAAAAAAUGUGUCCGAUGACCCUGCCAACCAACCAAGAUGGCCGCCAUGGCUAAAAAUAGAACAUAGGGGUAAAAUGUAGAUUUUGGCUUAUAUCUCUGAAACCAAAGCAUUUAGAGCAAAUCUGACAUGGGGUAAAAUUGUUUAUCAGGUCAAGAUCUAUCUGCCCUGAAAUUUUCAGAUGAAUCGGACAACCCGUUGUUGGGUUGCUGCCCCUGAAUUGGUAAUUUUAAGGAAAUUUUGCCGUUUUUGGUUAUUAUCUUGAAUAUUAUUAUAGAUAGAGAUAAACUGUAAACAGCAAUAAUGUUCAGCAAAGUAUGAUCUACAAAUAAGUCAACUUGACCAAAAUGGUCAGUUGACCCCUUAAGGAGUUAUUGCCCUUUAUAGUCAAUUUUUAACCAUUUUUCGUAAAUUUUUGUAAUCUUUUACAAAAAUCUUCUCCUCUGAAACUACUGGGCCAAAUUUGACCAAACUUGGCCACAAUCAUCAUUGGGGUAUCUAGUUUAAAAAAUGUGUCCGAUGACCCCGCCAACCAACCAAGAUGGCCGCCAUGGCUAAAAAUAGAACAUAGGGGUAAAAUGUAGAUUUUGGCUUAUAUCUCUGAAACCAAAGCAUUUAGAGCAAAUCUGACAUGGGGUAAAAUUGUUUAUCAGGUCAAGAUCUAUCUGCCCUGAAAUUUUCAGAUGAAUCGGACAACCCGUUGUUGGGUUGCUGCCCCUGAAUUGGUAAUUUUAAGGAAAUUUUGCCGUUUUUGGUUAUUAUCUUGAAUAUUAUUAUAGAUAGAGAUAAACUGUAAACAGCAAUAAUGUUCAGCAAAGUAUGAUCUACAAAUAAGUCAACUUGACCAAAAUGGUCAGUUGACCCCUUAAGGAGUUAUUGCCCUUUAUAGUCAAUUUUUAACCAUUUUUCGUAAAUUUUUGUAAUCUUUUACAAAAAUCUUCUCCUCUGAAACUACUGGGCCAAAUUUGACCAAACUUGGCCACAAUCAUCAUUGGGGUAUCUAGUUUAAAAAAUGUGUCCGAUGACCCCGCCAACCAACCAAGAUGGCCGCCAUGGCUAAAAAUAGAACAUAGGGGUAAAAUGUAGAUUUUGGCUUAUAUCUCUGAAACCAAAGCAUUUAGAGCAAAUCUGACAUGGGGUAAAAUUGUUUAUCAGGUCAAGAUCUAUCUGCCCUGAAAUUUUCAGAUGAAUCGGACAACCCGUUGUUGGGUUGCUGCCCCUGAAUUGGUAAUUUUAAGGAAAUAUUGCCGUUUUUGGUUAUUAUCUUGAAUAUUAUUAUAGAUAGAGAUAAACUGUAAACAGCAAUAAUGUUCAGCAAAGUAUGAUCUACAAAUAAGUCAACUUGACCAAAAUGGUCAGUUGACCCCUUAAGGAGUUAUUGCCCUUUAUAGUCAAUUUUUAACCAUUUUUCAUAAAUUUUUGUAAUCUUUUACAAAAAUCUUCUCCUCUGAAACUACUGGGCCAAAUUUGACCAAACUUGGCCACAAUCAUCAUUGGGGUAUCUAGUUUAAAAAAUGUGUCCGAUGACCCCGCCAACCAACCAAGAUGGCCGCCAUGGCUAAAAAUAGAACAUAGGGGUAAAAUGUAGAUUUUGGCUUAUAUCUCUGAAACCAAAGCAUUUAGAGCAAAUCUGACAUGGGGUAAAAUUGUUUAUCAGGUCAAGAUCUAUCUGCCCUGAAAUUUUCAGAUGAAUCGGACAACCCGUUGUUGGGUUGCUGCCCCUGAAUUGGUAAUUUUAAGGAAAUUUUGCCGUUUUUGGUUAUUAUCUUGAAUAUUAUUAUAGAUAGAGAUAAACUGUAAACAGCAAUAAUGUUCAGCAAAGUAUGAUCUACAAAUAAGUCAACUUGACCAAAAUGGUCAGUUGACCCCUUAAGGAGUUAUUGCCCUUUAUAGUCAAUUUUUAACCAUUUUUCGUAAAUUUUUGUAAUCUUUUACAAAAAUCUUCUCCUCUGAAACUACUGGGCCAAAUUUGACCAAACUUGGCCACAAUCAUCAUUGGGGUAUCUAGUUUAAAAAAUGUGUCCGAUGACCCCGCCAACCAACCAAGAUGGCCGCCAUGGCUAAAAAUAGAACAUAGGGGUAAAAUGUAGAUUUUGGCUUAUAUCUCUGAAACCAAAGCAUUUAGAGCAAAUCUGACAUGGGGUAAAAUUGUUUAUCAGGUCAAGAUCUAUCUGCCCUGAAAUUUUCAGAUGAAUCGGACAACCCGUUGUUGGGUUGCUGCCCCUGAAUUGGUAAUUUUAAGGAAAUUUUGCCGUUUUUAUACGACCGCAAAAAAAUUUUGUGGUCGUAUAUUGGUAUGACGUUGGCGUCGUCGUCGUCGUCGUCGUCGUCGUCCGGCGUCGUCGUCGUCGUCGUCGUCCGGCGUCGUCGUCCGAAUACAUAUUGGUUUUCGCACUCUAACUUUAGUUUAAGUGAAUGGAUCUUUUUGAAAUUUGACCAUAAGGUUAAAUACCACAAAAGGAAGGUUGGGAUUGAUUUUGGGGGUUAUGGUACCAACAGUUAAGGAAUUGGGGGCCAAAAAGGGGCCAAAAAUGAGCAUUUUCUAGUUUCCAGACAAUAACUGUGGAACAGUGUAUGGAUCUCUCUGAAAUUAUACUACAAGUUUCCAUACCACAAAGGGAUGGUUAGGAUUUGCUUUGGGGGGUUAUGGCUCAAACCGUUUAGGAAUUAGGGGCAAAAAAGGGGGGAAAACAAGGUUGUCCUGGUUAAUGGACAAAUACUUUAGUACAAAACAUAAUUUAAAGCAGUGUAAGGGAGAUAAAUCAAAUACAUCAUUGAAAUUAUCUCCCUUACACUGCUUUUAAAUUAUGUAUAAAGUAAUGGUUAAUGAACAAUAAAGAUAAUCUAAAACAGUGUAAGGGAGGUAAUCCAAAUACAACGUUUUGGUUACUUCCCUUACACUGCUUUUAAAUUAUGUUUAAAGAAAUGCAUAUUUAUAAAGGAAGACCAGUAAAAAUAUCUGCAAAUGUUUUCAUCUUUUUUUUUUACAAAAAAAUCCAUAUGAAAGAUUUGACACUAUAUUUUUAUUAAUUCUAUUAUAAAAUAGAUUAAGUUAGCACUAUGGUAAAUUUAAAUGGGUAAUUAUGGUUGCCAACUCCAUUGGAAAUUUGAAUUGAGAUUAUGACCAUAUCUUGAGGGAAAGAAUUUUUUUGGGGGAAAAAGGGGGGGGGGGAUAAAAAGAAAUUGUGGGGGGCCAAUUUUUUCUCAUUUCAGAUUUCAGAAAUUAAAAAGAAUUAUUCUUCAAAUAUUUUUUUUUUUUCAAAUUUCAAAUAUUGAAAAAUUUCAAGAAAUAAUCUUUAAUUGCACAGUAUGGCGCAUUAGAUUUGUAAAAUCUUUGAUCACAUUUAUUUAUUUGUUAUGCCGAAUCUAACAGUGUAUUUAGGUUUUUAAUUUUUGGUCCUGUUUUUUAAAUUGGUCUACAUUGAGGUCCAAAGGGUCCAAAUUAAACUUAGUUUGAUUUUAACAAAAAUUGAAUUCUUGGGGUUCUUUGAUUUGCUGAAUCUAAACAUGUGUUUAGAUUUUUGAUUAUGGGCCCAGUUUUCAAGUUGGUCCAAGAUAGGGUCCAGUAUUUAAACUUUGUUUGAUUUCAACAAAAAUUGAAUAUAUGGGGUUCUUUGAUAUGCUGAAUCUAAACAUGUAUUUAGAUUUUUGAUUAUGGGCCCAGUUUUCAAGUUGGUCCAAAUUGGGGUCCAAAAUUAAACUUUGUUUGAUUUCAACAAAAAUUGAAUAUAUGAGGUUCUUUGAUAUGCUGAAUCUAACCAUGUAUUUAGAUUUUUUAUUUGUAGGCCCCGCUAUCAAAUUGGUUCAUAUUGAGGUCAAAAGGGUCCAAAAUUAAACUUUGUUUGAUUUCAUCGAAAAUUGAAUUAUUGGGGUUCUUUGAUAUGCCAAAUCUAACCGUGUUUUUAGAUUUUUAAUUUGGGUCCCGUUUUUUAAAUUGGUCUUCAUUGAGGUCCAAAGGGUCCAAAAUUAAACUUAGUUUGAUUUUAACAAAAAUUGAAUUCUUGGGGUUCUUUGAUAUGCUGAAUCUAAACAUGUGUUUAGAUUUUUGAUUAUGGGCCCAGUUUUCAAGUUGGUCCAAGUUGGGGUCCAAAAUUAUACUUUUUUUGAUUUCAACAAAAAUUGAAUAUAUGGGGUUCUUUGAUAUGCUGAAUCUAACCAUGAAUUUAGAUUUUUUAUUUGUGGGCCCCGUUAUCAAAUUGGUUCAUAUUGAGGUCAAAAGGGUCCAAAAUUAAACUUUGUUUGAUUUCAUCAAAAAUUGAAUUAUUGGGGUUCUUUGAUAUUCCAAAUCUAACCGUGUAUUUAGAUUUUUAAUUUUAAGUCCCGUUUUUUAAAUUGGUCUACAUUAAGGUCCAAAGGGUCCAAAUUAAACUUAGUUUGAUUUUAACAAAAAUUGAAUUCUUGGGGUUCUUUGAUUUGCUGAAUCUAAACAUGUGUUUAGAUUUUUGAUUAUGGGCCCAGUUUUCAAGUUGGUCCAAGAUAGGGUCCAGUAUUUAAACUUUGUUUGAUUUCAACAAAAAUUGAAUAUAUGGGGUUCUUUGAUAUGCUGAAUCUAAACAUGUAUUUAGAUUUUUGAUUAUGGGCCCAGUUUUCAAGUUGGUCCAAAUUGGGGUCCAAAAUUAAACUUUGUUUGAUUUCAACAAAAAUUGAAUAUAUGAGGUUCUUUGAUAUGCUGAAUCUAACCAUGUAUUUAGAUUUUUUAUUUGUAGGCCCCGCUAUCAAAUUGGUUCAUAUUGAGGUCAAAAGGGUCCAAAUUUAAACUUUGUUUGAUUUCAUCAAAAAUUGAAUUAUUGGGGUUUUAUUUGAUAUGCCAAAUCUAACCGUGUUUUUAGAUUUUUAAUUUGGGUCCCGUUUUUUAAAUUGGUCUUCAUUGAGGUCCAAAGGGUCCAAAAUUAAACUUAGUUUGAUUUUAACAAAAAUUGAAUUCUUGGGGUUCUUUGAUAUGCUGAAUCUAAACAUGUGUUUAGAUUUUUGAUUAUGGGCCCAGUUUUCAAGUUGGUCCAAGUUGGGGUCCAAAAUUAUACUUUUUAUACGACCGCAAAAAAAUUUUGAGGUCGUAUAUUGGUAUGACGUUGGCGUCGUCGUCGUCGUCGUCGUCGUCGUCGUCGUCGUCCGGCGUCGUCGUCCGAAUACAUAAUGGUUUUCGCACUCUAACUUUAGUUUAAGUGAAUGGAUCUCUAUGAAAUUUUACCAUAAGGUUCAAUACCACGAAAGGAAGGUUGGGAUUGAUUUUGGGGGUUAUGGUACCAACAGUUAAGGAAUUGGGGGCCAAAAAGGGGCCAAAAAUAAGCAUUUUUGUAACUUUCAGACAAUAACUUGUGUGUAAGUGUAUGGAUCUCUCUGACAUUGUACCACAAGGUUCCAUAUCACAAAGGAAAGGCUGUAAUUGAUUUUGGGGGUAAUUGCCUCAAAAUUUUAGGAAUUAGGGGCCAAAAAAGGGGCAAAAAACAAGCAUUUUUCUAGUUUCAUGACAAUAACUUGUGUGUAAGUGUUUGGAUAUUUCUGAAAUUGUACUACAAUGUUCCAUAUCACAAAGGGAAAGCUGGAAUUGAGUUUGGGGGUAAUUGCCCGAAACGUUUAGGAAUUGGGGGACAAAAAGGGGCCAAAAAUAAGCAUUUUUCUAGUUUCCAGACAAUAACUUGUGUUCAAGUGUAUGGAUCUCUCUGAAAUUGUACUGCAAGGUACCAUACCACAAAGGGAAGGCUGGGAUUGAGUUUGGGGGUGAUGAAUCAUAAUGGGGAUUCAAAAAAUUUUGGGGGGGGAUUUAUUUUUUUUUCCUUUUUUUUCUUUUUUUCCUUUUUUGUUUCUUUUAAAAUUUUCCAUUUUAAGUUGGUUAUUUCUGAUUUAUAUUUAAAAUCAAAUAAUAAUGAUAUGGUAGGAGAUACACACCAAACAGGAUGUGUAAAUUAUUAUAUAAUAAGUAUUGUGCAAUAGCAAGAAAUUUUCAAUUGCACAGUAUUGCACAAUAGCAAGAAAUCUUCAAUUGCACAGUAUUGCGCAAUAGCAAGAAAUCUGCAAUUGCACAGUAUUGCGCAAUAGCAAGAAAUAUCCAAUAGCACAAUAUUGCGCAAUAGCAAGAAAUUGUCAAUUGUACAGUAUUGCGCAAUAGCAAGAAAUAUUUAAUAGCACAGGAUUGUGCAAAAGAAGAUACUUCCUAUAAAUUGCUUAUUUCUUGACCAAUUUCAAUGGGGUUUUAUUCUUGAUUUCAUGGGGUUCUUUAAUAUGCUGAAUCUAACCGUGUAUUUAGUUUUUGGAUUUUGGGCCCCGUUUUUAAAUUGGUCCACAUUGAGGUCCAAAGGGUCCAAAAUUAAACUUUGUUUAAUUUCAUCAAAAAUUGAAUUAUUGGGGUUCUUUGAUAUGCCGAAUCUAACUGUGUAUUUAGAUUCUUAAAUUUUGGUUCCGUUUUCAAAUUGGUCUACAUUAAGGUCCAAAGGGUCCAAAAUUAAACUUAGUUUGAUUUUAACAAAAAUUGAAUUCUUAGGGUUCUUUGAUAUGCUGAAUCUAAACAUGUAUUUAGAUUUUUGAUUAUGGGCCCAGUUUUCAAGUUGGUCCAAAUCGGGGUCCAAAAUUAAACUUUGUUUGAUUUCAACAAAAAUUGAAUAUAUGGGGUUCUUUGAUAUGCUGAAUCUAACCAUGUAUUUAGAUUUUUGAUUUUUGGGCCCGUUAUCAACUUUGUCCACAUUGAGGUCAAAAGGGUCCAAAAUUAAACUUUGUUUGAUUUCAUCAAAAAUUGAAUUAUUGGGGUUCUUUGAUAUGCCGAAUCUAACCGUGUAUUUAGAUUCUUAAUUUUUGGUUCUGUAUUCAAAUUGGUCUACAUUAAGGUCCAAAGGGUCCAAAAUUAAACUUAGUUUGAUUUUAACAAAAAUUGAAUUCUUAGGGUUCUUUGAUAUGCUGAAUCUAAACAUGUAUUUAGAUUUUUAUACGACCGCAAAAAUUUUUGCGGUCGUAUAUUGGUAUGACGUUGGCGUCGUCGUUGUUGUCGUCAUCGUCCGAAAACACAUUGGUUUUCGCACUCUAACUUUAGUUUAAGUGAAUGGAUCUCUAUGAAAUUUUACCAUAAGGUUCAAUACCACAAAAGGAAGGUUGGGAUUGAUUUUGGGGGUUAUGGUACCAACAGUUAAGGAAUAAGGGGCCAAAAAGGGGCCAAAAAUAAGCAUUUUUGUAACUUCCAGACAUAACUUGUGUGUUAGUGUAUGGAUCUCUCUGACAUUGUACCAAAAGGUUCCAUAUCACAAAGGGAAUGCUGGGAUUGAUUUUGGGGGUAAUUGCCUCAAAAUAUUAGGAAUUAGGGGCCAAAAAAGGGGCAAAAAACAAGCAUUUUUCUAGUUUCAUGACAAUAACUUGUGUGUAAGUGUAUGGAUCUUUCUUAAAUUGUACUACAAGGUUCCAUAUCACAAAGGGAAAGCUGGAAUUGAGUUUGGGGGUAAUUGCCGAAACGUCUAGGAAUUGGGGGCCAAAAAGGGGCCAAAAAUAAGCAUUUUUCUAGUUU